AUGCGCAGUGACAUGAGAGUGACAAGGUACCUACGCUGCUAGCCCUGUGCCGGAUAUACCGCUAAGCACGCGAGUCUGCUAGCCCGCAAUAGACCCGGUCCCAGGUCAUUAAUUUUCCGCAUUAUCUGGAGUCCGGUGGACCACAAGCGGCAGUUCAUGAGACUAUUGAUGUCCUCUUGUCCCUCGCCUACACCUACACAUACUCCUACCCUCCUCUCCCCCUUUCUUUUGAAUCCUCGUUCUCUCGCUCAUCAUCAUCCCACCUGUUCUUGGUGCUUCCUCUCCCCUUCUCCUUCUCUUCUUGGCCGUACAUAACCAGGAAUUUCCUCUCCCACUGCAUCACAAGGUGACCUGAUACGCGGAUUCCGUGGGACGAUCUUUGGAACCAUGCAUGCAUGAACUCGGGUCAUUGGUGUACAACCGUCAUACAUUUUCUUUGGUUCAACAAGUCUUCGGAAAAAAUCACUUGGCGAUGGCUUCACACAACGUCGACCGCGAGAAUCUUGAUUUCGCCAGUUUGGGAGAUUUCCUCGGUGUUGAGAUGUCGAGGGCAUCGAGGGUGUCAAUGGAGGACUAUGUUCAGCGGCAUAGGGAACAAAGUCACUCAGCGUGUUCAUUAACUACUCGUUCUCAAUCUCCGAGACAAACUCAGGAGGAACCUCCGUCAUACGAAGAGUUCUCGCCUUCGACUAAACGUCCAAAGUUCAAUAUUCAGCCGCGUGAGGAUGAAGGACAAGAAGUCUUACCACCUUACUCUUGCGCCAUCAGCCUCGAAAAUGUAUUCUUGAGAAAGACCGAGUUGGAAGGCGCCGUUCAUCGAGCUCAGGAUAGAAAUUGGUAUCGAGAAAUUGUCACUUUACAAGGAACAGCAUUGUCAUUCCAUAAGUAUAAGGGAGGGAAUGUAUUUGGAAAGGAGGGAAAGAACGAUACUGCGACUGGUGCUAAGCGAGGUCCACUGUUAAGAACUUAUAACCUCCAACACGCAGAGGUCGGCGUGGCCGCUGAUUAUCUCAAGUAAGUUAUUUCUAGUCCCAGUACAUCGAUAUUUCAAACUUCCUGCUUAGUAUUCCCGCUAGAAAGCGAUUCGUAAUCCGAAUACGUGCCGAAGCAGACCAGUUUCUGUUAUCCUGCAACAAGAUAGAAACACUUGUUCUCUGGCUCCAAUCUCUCUUCGCUGCUAUUGACCUCGCUGCACCACUCGACGACCGAGACUUGCCCCGCGAUCUUUCAAUACCCAGACCCCGACGCCGUCGUGCACGUAGGAACGGUGGACGGGAUCCAAACGUAGUUCGCGAGCAGCCAGAAUUCGGAGCUAGCGAUGUCCCAGAUACCACAACCGCCACGACAAGUACAAGCUCAUUAGUCAGUGAUCUAGACGAUACAGAAAGUGUAGAAGUCCAACUUGUGACCCCCGCUCUCCUUGAAAUAAGACCAAGUCAACCCCCAUCCCCUGAACCAGAGCAGCAAAGGGUACGACCAAGCCUCCUAAGCUCCGCAUCUCGCUCUCGACUAUUUUCCACCUACGGGCCUCAAUCUCACUCCCCAUCCUCGUCAUAUUCCUCAUAUAGCUCAGGAUCCAAUUCCUCAUCCACCACUACCACCACCCAAUCCUCCCUCGACUCCAACUCCUCCGUCACAGAAUCCGGCAAGUGGCGACCACAUCACCAAUGGACACCUUUCUACGACAUGCUCUACGCCAAACGCUGCAUGACCAUCCUCACCAGCCACAGCCCCCGAAAAAGCAAUCUCGUGAUCAUGAAGGGCAAACGAUGGGUUGUCGAUUGGGCUACGGGCCGCUUAAAGAAAUGGAGUCCGCCUCCAAGCGAGGAAGGACUUCCGGAUUAUGACGAGGCGGUUGGGAAUGAGGAGUUUGUCGUUGGACCGUAUGGGGAUUUGUUGCGGAUAUGAAGCUUUAAGUCGCCAUUUUGCUGGAAUUGAUUGCAUCUGAGACGUGGGGGCUACCUUCGCUUGGAGGUAUGGCUCUGAUUUGCUGCCCGAGCUGACGCGGAAUUUGCGGAUAAAUCUGGCAUCGUUACUAUUCAGGGGAUAGGAAUACGGCAGUUGUUGUUUGCCAGAUAACACGGUUAGGAAGGACGGGCUGAUUUCCCUGGCUCAGGAAAGAUUAGAUGGCGGCGUUGAAAUCAUAUUGGUGGUUUUUCUUUCUUCUCGUUUUCCUUCGUUUUUUCUUCUUCUUCAUUUAGAUGGAAUCUUGCACCUGGGGUGGAGUUUUUUCUUCCUUCUUUUUGGGGGGGCAUAGUAUGGCAUGGUAUGGUACUGCAUUGCAGGUUCUUUGAAUGGCUAGCAAUCCUUUUUGUUUUUCUUUUGUUCUUCUUUUGCCUUUUUCUCUUUUUUUUUUUUGAGGGCGUGUUUUACUUCUUUUGUAAGAUUUACUUUGAUAAUAGGGGGAAUGUAAGGAUGAAGAGAUGAGAUGAGAUAUGGCACUAUGAAGCGUGGAUGGAUGGAAUUUGAUACUGUAGCGAGGAAGCGAGCGAGCGAGCGAAUUUAGAUGUUCGAAUUAAAAUGGCAAAUUAAAAUGUGAAUGUGGAUGUGAAUGUG